AAACAGCUGCCCCCUUGUGGUAAUAAGAAGUAAAUUCAGUAAAUUCACAUAUAAAACCAUAUAUACAUGUAUAUUGUUAUAUUUAUCUUUUAAUUACUUGAAAAUCUGGGAUGUUUGUUUAGUUUUUUACCACUACAUUGCGUUUCUUGUACUAAAAGGAUCAUAAGGAAUGCAGAAAGACAAGAGGUCUCACUCUGCUCCUCUUUGUUUUGUGGACGGACGCUAGAAGACAUUAAAUGUUCGUUAACUUAAUUUAAUUUUAAAAAGAGCAGCAAAUAUGUGUGUUGACUUAAGGAAAACAUGAAAUUAAAUCUCUGUUGCAUGUAUUGCAUAAAGCGACCGAGUGACCAGUCGUCACACGAACGAGACGAUCUCUGCUCGUCUCCGUGUUUGUGUUGCUCAAAGAUGUUUCUAAGGCAGGUUGUCCAGUCGGGCGUUCAUGGAUUUAAAAAUGUCUCUGGACGAGGAGGACAGGUGUUUUCUGCAGCUGCUGCCAGGAAGCAGCACUCUCAAGCUGAGCAGCAGGGCUCAGCGGUCACCUCCAUCCGACCGGAGACGUCCACCGCCAAAACCUUGAUGGACAUCGGGACGCGGCGCAUCUUCAACGAGGACCACGACAUCUUCAGGCAAAGCGUCCGCCGCUUCUUCCAAGAGGAAGUGGUGCCGCACCAAAGGAGUAAGUGGCUGCAGGAACCUGAUGUCAUGAGAGAGGUUUUCCUCCCGUUGACUUCCUGUUUGUGCUCCCAGGUGGGAAAAGGCAGGAGAGGUGAGCAGGGAGUUGUGGGAAAAGGCUGGAGAGCAAGGCCUGCUGGGAGUGAUGAUCCUGGAGGAACACGGCGGCAUCGGAGGGGACACGUUUUCUGCUGCUAUAACCUGGGAGGAGCAAUGAAGGCAGAAGGUGUGUGA